AUGGCCUCCCCCAACUCGUCCGACCUCGAGGCCCCGAGCUCGCCCGUCCGUGCCGAAAAGUCGUUCGUUUCUCACGUCGAAGAUGACGAUACGAGAAUGAUGGACGCAACUCCCGAGCCUGUCGAGAAGGUCUCUCGGUCCAAGGGCAAAGCGUCGCACGCCAAGGACCAAAAUACGCAGUCGGUCAUUGGCAAGAUUCGGCAUUUGAAGAAGGAGGACGGAGAGCCGUUGUGGCGAGCCGACAUCCAGUACGACUGGCUGAAGGCCAUUUUCGACGACGAGACCAAGGUCUUUACGAACAGCUACGAACCGGAGAAGCUUGGCAAACAGUGCUUUGCCGAUCUAUAUAUCGACACGAUGGCGAGGAGCAGCAAGACUAGCAAGGUGCUACGGGACAAACUCCUUAGUGAUCGGGAUGCCGCCAAGGGCAUGGCCAUGGUGUGUCUGCUUGUCAACAUCGGACGCAUGAAUACCACGUUGAACUUCUUCCCCGAGAUGCGAGCUCAACUACGCACAUACCACGCUAUCCCAUCCCUGCAGGCCCGUCAGGACCCUCACGCCUAUAAACAGCUCCAAGAUGCUCCUCGUCUAAAAUCGAUUCUCAAGGGUAGUAUGGAGGAUCGAGAAGAGCCCAACUCGCUUGUCGGCAUUAAAGAGGCGAACAUCCCCCGCACGAACCCCGUCGCUCUUCUGUUCAUCAUAUGCGCCGCUGCGCAGAAGAUCGCCGAGUUGCAUUUCCCCCAAGGCCAGGAGUUCCAUGACCUGGUAAUGAAGACGAACUUCACUAGCCACUCCAGGGCUAGGGCGUUCCUAUGGUUGAUGUGGUUCUACCUUGAGUCAGACUUUACUGAAGAGGGCUGCGAGGAAAACCCCUUUGGCCCCGGCGUCGACUACGGUCUCGACGUUGCGAACCAGGGAGUGCCUGUUCUCGAAGAGAUGUCGGAGGAAGAGAUUGCGUUGGAGAACGUCGAUACUGCCGAGGAAAUCGAGUUUGGCAACGAGAAGCAGAAGAUGAGAGCCAAAAUCUUGGAGGCCGAUCAAGCUUACAUCGCGGAUACCCAGGUCAAGCGAGGAUCCCGCAGCCGAAUGCUCGCGGACGAAGGACCUGCCAUCCUACCCCGUAUCCGCCCUUCGAAGCACGAGUCCGAUAUUGAUAGCACUAGGUCGACUCCGCCCCCAUCGAGGGUCAUGGCACGACAGGCGGCCAUUGGUAGUGCCAGUCGCCGCGGCAUGCCUCCCAAAUACACCAUCCUCGAGGCUUCCUCACCCGCCGGCCCCGGUCAGCUUGACGGCGUCGUGACGCGCAAGCCGCGCCCACCUACCGCGCACCAACUAGCCGUGGAGCGCCACCGAAAGGAGCAAGUCGACCAUAUCCUCGAUCGUGGUCUCCGCAAGCACUACCACAAGGUUCGCAAGCUCAGGCGCCAAGACGGUGCCAUCUACCGCGCUGCAGUCCGUAUCAAGGCCAUGUCGGAUGAGCUUGCCUUCCAAAACAGCGACGGAGAAGAUGAGCCGGGCCGCGGUAUCUUCUCCUCCAUGAAAAAGGACGAUUUCCCCUUCCGCUCGGCCGGGCCCGGCGGAUUGUGCCAGCUCAAGACGGAGCCGGACGAUUUCGGCGAAGAAACCAACACUUACUUCGCCGCCGUUCGCCGCGCCGUUCGGCGACUGAAUCGCUGGGCCGACCUCGAGGAUAAGAGCGUCAUCCGCCCGAUCAAGCGCAAGAGGGUCCAGCAACCCGAGUCCCAGGACCUUGGUGACGACGAACUCGACAGCUUCAGGGAGGACAUAGACAUUCAGAUUAACGGUCAUAGCACCAAGGACCACGAAGAGUCGUCGUCUCGCAAGGGCAAGAAGGAUAAGGCGGCUAGUGAGGAUGUUGAUGCCAAUGGCGACGUCCACAUGGAUGAUGCGGACGAGCAUGAUGGAGACAAGCUUACGCCGCGACCUGAAGAGGACGAUGAGAUUGAGGAGACGCCUAGGCCCAAGGCUCGGCGUGUCUCGGCUCUCAUUGAUGAGGCUGAUGCUGAUUAG